AGACGUAUUAUCGCUGCCUCUCAGGCAAUGGAGAGCGUGAAAUGACCAUGCAGGAGUUCAAAAAGUGGCUAAAGAAAUAUGAUGCUGACAAGGAUGGGAGAAUAAGCAAGGACGAACUCCGGGACGCGAUUCGGGCCACUGGCGGGUGGUUCACCAGGUGGAAGAGCAGGAAAGGGGUGCGGUCCGCGGAUGUGAAUGGCGACGGCUUCAUCGACGUCCACGAGAUUGAAAACCUUGUGGAGUUUGCGAAGACGCAUUUGCGUGUCAAGAUCGUGGAAUUCUAGAUUUUCCAUCUUUUUUACCACCAAAGCCCAAGGAAUUGGGCUUUCAAAUAAGAAAAAUGAGUGGGGUAUGUAAUUAUAAAAAGGAAAAAAUUUAUAUGUUUCAUAAGAUAGUGAA